AUGAGCCUCUCCGUGCAAGACUGCAGGAUGAAGGCUGCUUCCUCUGCGGCUUUCGCUGCUGCUCCCCCUCCUGCGGUAGGAGCAGCUGCCAGCGCAGGCGUGGCUCCUUGUCCCGUAGGCGGAGCAAGCCCUUCGCCCCUGGCGGCGCUCAUGUCUUCUAGGGGGACCUCCACGAAGACGCAUGGUGCUGAUGGGGAGGGGGAGGACAUGGUGGUACACGUUGGUGGUGGCGAAGAUGAAGCUGGCGGUGACACCAUUGCCUCGGGUAGCGGCGCAGCUCCUGGAUCCUCGGCCGAUAACACGCCCGCGGCUGCGGAAGGUCCAGCACCAGCUCCAGCUCCAGCUCCAGCUCCAGCCGCCGAUGCAGCCCUGCCGGAGCCAUCGCCAGGGGAGAUAGCGGCGAUUGAAAAGCAGGUCAGGGAGUUAAUUUUCCCCAACUUAGAAGACGGGACCGGCGAAUAUGGCGAGAAGACCCUGAACAGCGCCGUGGAGAUGGUGAAAGCUGUGCCCGGCUUCACCCGCGGCUUCGAAGUGACGAGAGUUAGCAAAAGCAGGGGGGAAGCUCAACAGAUGGAACUGUGUGUGGAUCACUUGCGUCCACCAGGGGAGCCGAGAAGACGUGAACGUGUUGCGAACGAGAAGGAUGGCAAGAAGACCUCUUCGUCCAAGCUGGGCUGCAAGUUCAAAACGGUACUGUGGUGGUCGGCCAAAAGUGAUGCACCAGUCGUUGCACAGGGAGGCAUGUGCCUCACGCACCACACGCCGAGUUCAGACGGAAAGGAGCACGCGCGCCCAAGAACUUGCGGCAACGAGAUGUCUCGCGAGGACAUUCACACCCUCGGCAUCUGCUCCACGCAGCGAGUGGAGUCGAUGAGUAGUGCGGUGAAGAGGUUGGUCACGAGGGCGGGCACCAUGGUCGAUCUCAACCAAGCGCUCAUGGGCAAAGUUCAGGACGACGCAAACAAAAGCAAGAGGUGCGGACUCCUUCGGCAUUUCAGCUUUGUCGUGGACGCAAUGAAGGACGAGCGGUGUAGCACGCAUGCAAUCGAGGACACAGAAGCACAGGUCGUCGCCGCUCUCGGUUACAACGCCACCUGCCUGGUCAGAGGUGAAGAUGAAGCGCGGCGACUGCUCGACGAGCUGGCGGCCGACCCAGCCAAGGCGAAACUCUGUUACGACACCUCCUCCGGAGAGGACCUACUCCGUGACCAGAACGUCAACGCAGUGGUGCGCGUCAGCAUGAUCGCUCCGCCGUCUGAGUUAGGUCACCUCGUCGCUCUUGGACCCGACGGCUUCUUCCUCUGCACGUGCCUGCGGCAGCUGGUGUACGGCCUGCUCUGCCCGCAUGGCCUCAAGGCCUUGUGGGCCGAGGGUGUUCCUGCGAGCCUAACGGCCGGAGCGGCCGCGAGUGCCGGUCUGCCGGCGGGUGUCGGCCAGCCGCCGCGUGCCGACCCCAACUCCACCGUCUCGCGCUCCGGCCCUAACGUGCCAACAUACGCGUACGCGAACGGCGUUGCCCUGGGCAAGGAGUUGGGUGGUAUGUUCAAAGAGAUCAACAAUCUGGCGGGCAUCCACCGCGCGAUGGAGACCAUCAAGCUUUUCGCCCGCGCGCAAGUCGACGUGGAGAAGAGAUCCCAAGACGAGCACUCAACGAACCGAGUUUUCCGAGGGGUUUUCUCGCAGCCCGCCGAAGACUUGCCGUCGGGAGAUGCCGGCGGUACGGGGCGGGGCCCGGGGCGGGGAGGCCGUAGCGGCGGAGGUGGAAGGGGGGCGACAGGGAUGGGGGGGAGGGGCGGACGGAGCCAAGGGCACGCAGGGAGGGGCGGAGCAACCGGCGUGCGUACACCAGGCCCUGGCGCGGGGGAUUCCUCGUUCCACUCGCCAGCGGCUGUGGGCGGCGCGGUGCCACCGGUCAGUGGGGCGCACCCGCUGCAGGGUGCUGGCGUGCCGCUUGGUCCCCUGAGCAACGUCGCCGUUCCUGGCGGCGCGGGGCGGCAGCCUUCGCCACUCCUUGCCUUGGAGCAGGUGCAAGCGCCGCCCGUGUUGAGGCAAAGGGGGCCGAGCAAAAGGCACAAGAGUUCUGCAGCUGGCGGAAGUUAGUGGAUGACACCGCGCGGAGACGCCAGAGAGAUGGUAGCGCGCGUUUCGUGUGUGUGCGCGGUAUGGGCGUUGCUACCGUUCGCGGGUCUUUUUUUUCAGGUGGUCUGAGUACAGAUAACAUGUAGUCGGAUUUUGUUGGCCUUCGAUAGAGUUCAGAUCACCAUUUGGGCAGCGCGUUUGGGCAGGACGGCUCGCUUC